GGCAGUCCCCACGAUAAACUUGAAUGUAACUCCAUUCUGUUAGCAUCGCCGUAAAAAAUAAAUAAUCCAGCCAAUUACGCGAAGAAAAAUGGAAAACACACCAUCUUCACCAACAAUUGUCAUUGUUCCAGCAUCCUUUUGCCCUUCAUCUUUCUACUCCGCUGUCUCAGGUGCUCUGCAGGACCAUGGGCUCGAGACUGUCGUUGGUACUCUUCAGUCCACAGCCCUUGAGCCCUCUGGAAAAGCAGCCACAAUGCAAGACGAUUCGACAUACUUUCGUCAGAUUAUAUCGGAUUUAGCGCAUCAAGAGAAGGAGAUCGUUCUAGUAGCACACUCCUAUGGGGGUAUUGUUGCCACUGAGUGUUCGCAAGGACUGUCGAGAACCGAACGGCAGGCCUCUGGUCAGAAAGGUGGAAUCAUACAGCUGGUAUAUAUGGCGUGCAUUGUGCCACGGGCCGGCCAUUCAUUGCAGGAUAAUAUGGGAGACCUACUGCCGGACUACAUCAAUGUUGAAGGCGAAUUCAUGUCUCUGGUCCCCGGGGGUAACGCAAAGAUAACAUUCUGCGAUUUGCCAUACGAAGAGGGACUAGUCUGGGCAAAGAAGAUGCUAUACCAUUCGGCCUUGAGCUUUGGCGGGCCCCUUACCUAUCCAGGAUAUAACUAUCUUCCCGUGGCAUACAUCAUUUGUCAGAAGGACAUGGCGGUGCCGCCUGACUUUCAGCAUCAAACAGUGCGAGAGAUUGAAUACGAGAGUGGGAAAAAAGUAUCGACAUUCUUCCUGGACGCAGGGCACAUGCCCAAUAUCAGUAUGCCUCAAAAUGUCGCGCAGGUGAUACGGCAUGCUAUCAGCCAGGCAUAGGCUUGAGCAAGCUUAAGCUUAUAUACUUGUUUAGACUGGAUAGAAAGAUUUCCAUAGCACAUGCUAGGCCCAUUUUUUCCGGAGCUGCUUGACCUCGAUUGAUUUAGUAGUCUUACAUGUAUACUGUACUAAAAUAAAAAUAUCCAGAGA